AUGGCACCAGCAAAAACCCGCAAGAGAAAGUCCGCCCAGGAUCUUCCAGUCGAGACGCCAAUCGAGUCUUCAGCAUCAGACGAUUCCAAGGUACAGCACAAACUCCCCGUCAGGGCAAAGGAUGGCGACUCUGCUCAGAGCGCAAAGCCUGCUUCGGCACCGGCAAAGGGUACCAUGAUGGUCUUUGGGGAUGACGACGAGAUCACGGCGCCUGCGCCUUCAAAGCCCGCGGUGCAGGCUCCUGAGAAGGAGGAGGAGGAAGAGGAGUCCAGCGAUGAUGAGGCCCCCGAGGCUGUUUCCACAGCCAAGGUGGCAUCUGAUAUCAAAAAGUCUACCCAAGCGGCCCAGAAGGCUGCCCAAGAACAAGCCGCAGCGCAGAAGCGAAAGCGCCGGGAAAGGGAUACCCUCUUCAAGCAGCAAGCCGAAGAGCGCAAGAAGCUAGAGGACGAGGCCAAGGUCGCCGGAAGCGCUCCAGCUGAGCCCGCUGAGUCUGCAGUCCAGAAGCGACAGCCAGCCAAGACGCCCAACCUGCUACCCGCAGAAUUCCUCACAGACUCGUCGAGCGAGGACGAGGGCGCCGACGAGGACGAUCAGGCGGUGGCACGGCCGAGGAAGCGUCGUGUCACCGCCGUGGAGAGGACCUUGGCGCGUCAGAACCGCGGACCCAAAGACGAGAGGGUCGGGUCGACGGUGUACCGCGUGGCCAAAAAGGUGGACGAGAGCAUGGCGCCCAAGCUGCGCAAGCACGCCAGGAGUUCCAAGGAGUUGCUGCUCAAGCGGAAUCGGAGCGUUGCGAAGCCGCGGUCUGGGUUCUUGGUCAAGUAA